CAGUAUAAAAAGCGAUGAAUUUUGCUUAACGAUUGUCAGUCUUAGUAUAGUGGUCACAUCAUUAAUUUGAUCUGCAGUUACAAUCUUAGCCAGCAGGCAGCCGCGCCGAGACAACAGAAAUACAUAGAAUCUAUCCUAGCAAGAUGUUCAGACUGGUAAUCAUCUCCACCCUGGCAGCUGUGGCACUCGCCCAGAACCCGGACGCCGAAGCACAGAUUCUCUCAUCGGACAGUGUAGUCAAUCCGGAUGGCUCGUACUCAUGGAACUACGAAACCAGCAACGGAAUCCGCGCCCAAGAGGAAGGAGUGGGUGGUCAGAGUGCCCAAGGUAGCGCCUCGUGGACGGACCGCGACGGAACCCCCAUCCAGCUGACGUACGUUGCUGACGUGAAUGGAUUCCAACCACAAGGCGCUCAUCUGCCGCGUGAAGGACCAGCCCCGGCCCAUGUCUUGAAGACACUCGAAUUCAUCCGUGCCAACCCACCGAAGGAUGAUCCCAACUUUAACAUCCAAGCGUUGGAAGCGGAAAUUGCCAGACUACAGGCUCUCCAGUAAAAAGUACCACGAAAGAGGCGAUGGAAUCCUGGGGCCCUUUUCGGAACUCGUAGCGACCUGUGCACAUACUCAGAAUACCAAGAAGGAUUACACUAAAGGCGAUGCAAAAGCAAAUUGAAAGUUUUGAAUUUUAUUUUGUAAAUUUAUUGUAAAUAUUACAUAGUUUUAAAUCUACUCUGAGCAUCAUGAAGCGGAGGUGAGGAUUUUAAAAAUUGACAUUUUAAAGAUUAGCGCAGUAUUUGACAUGCAUUUGAUGCUUUGCUUGUGCGACAACCACAACCAUGUGCCCAUAUCUUGUUUUUUUUUUUAAUUGAAGCGUACAAGGAAGAGAUUAAACAAAAAUCCGCUACUGACGUUUAACGUCGAUAAAGUAUAGGACGAGUCAAAUAGUAAUAUUUUGCAGUAACAAGAUCAAUUCACUCAAACGAGGAGGAAAACUAAAAAGAGAGGGGAAUAGAAAGAGCGAGAGAUGUGACGAUAUAUAUGAGAUAAGAACGAAAAAAAUAGAAACUCAGCUAAAGAUAGGUGAACGAAAAAUACUAUCUCAAUGACAUAACUUGUUCAUACAAAAAAAAAUAUUUUUAAAAUAA